UAAGUCCCCUCAUCUGUGAUCGGAAGCUUCUCGGACGGACCAGCAGAUGACUGUGGCCAAGACACCUUUGCGUCUGAAGCCGUCUGACUGGUGAGGGUCCUGGUCGUACAUGGAGGAUGACAGAAAAAGCCAAUGGAGUGAAGAGCUCCUCAGCCAGUAACCACAAGCAUCACGCACCUCCUGCCAUCAAGGUCAAUGGCGAAGGUGACCACAGGGCCAGCAACAGGCCACAGUCUGCGGCCAACGAUGACACCUCCUCAGAACUACAGAGGCUGGCAGAGAUGGACGCCCCCCUGCAGAGGAGGGGCGGCUUCCGCAGGAUUGCCUGCCUGGUGGGGGUCAUCAGAGAGUGGCCCAACAAGAGUUCCCGCGAGGAGGAGCCCAGACCUGACUCGUUCCUUGAGCGUUUCUGUGGGCCUGAGCUCCAGACCGUGACGACACAGCAAGGAGACGGCAAAGGCGACAAGGACAGCGAGGGCAAGGGCACCAAGUACAGCUGUCCGGCCUGUGGGGCUGGAAGGGCUCCCAAGCAUGCGAUCGGAGGGUGUGGUGGGGUUUCUCACACCACGGCCAGGGGCUGACCAGGGCCUAUGCCCACCUGCCACGGGAGCCCCUGCUGGCUUUCCUCACCUUAGCUGCCUCUUGCCGGGUGUCCUCUUGCUGCACCACCUGAAUGUGGGCAGGGAGAGGGCUCAGCCGGCGGUGCGCCGGCCGCAGCCUGGUUCUAGCGGCCAGUAAAUGCAGAGGAGGGCGCAAAUAGGGAACGCUGCGGAGGGGAUGCCAGUCCCGGUGCCCGUGUGAGCACAGAGGUGGGUGCUUGAAGAGGCCAUGCUGGGGGCUGCCUGGCCCGAGAAGGCCCAGAAACAACUGAGCAAAAGACAGAACAAGCGGGGAGGCCAGAGAAGGCAGA